UAUACUUUUAAUCGCGCUCUCUGUGUUACACACCUUAGUUUGCGGCGCAAGCGAAAACACACGCGAAUAGACAGACAGAAGAAGAACGAAAGAAAAAAAAAACCGAGAAUAUUUUGCCAAGCAGUGUAAAUAUGUAAUUUGUACGAGCAAUUAAUAUAUCUAAACACAACAACGAUAACAAAUCGUUGAGUUGUUGCAUUCUAAAGAAUACGAAGCCUCGCCAAAUGCUGCGUGCGCCGCAAAUCUAACGCUACGCCAAUUUCGUUAUUUUUUUUUAAACGGAAAACGCAACGCUUCCAAAGGAAGCGACGGAAUUUUUUUUUUUGGUUGGAAAUGGAGUCCAUUGUGCUGCACUCAGAUCUAGCGCGUCUGGUGCUGGGCUAUCUGAACAAUCAACACCUGACGCGGGCGGCGAACACUUUCUGCCGCACUUCGCCACAUCUGAAGCACGAAUUCAUUGCCCUGAAACAGGGACUGGUGACGCACAAUUUUCUCAAUGGCGGACUGGAGGAGAUCAUCAGGGAGCAUGUGAAGAUCACUAGCAUAGUGGAGCAUGCUGUGCGCCAUAAGCCGCUGGAUGCACGCCAACAGCUACAGCAGCUAAAACUGUCUGAGCGCGUCGAGGAGCUGCUAAAGCUGGAACAGCGCAACACCAGUACGGGCAGCGGCUCGGCAGCGACAAAGCAUAGCACAGUCAAUGGCAGCUGUGCGCCGGCAAUAGCAGUGGGCUUGUCCUCACGCUUGAAGCGUAAAAGACGACGAAGCAAAUGCAAUGAACAGCAGGACUCGUUAUCUCCUGAUGCCUCCCUGGAGGAAAAUGAGCUGCUUACCGCCCGCGCCAGCAAGCGUCUGACGCUGCCGCAUUUCUUUUGCAAUACGGAGCGGCACAAAGUUAACUUGACAGCCGCCAGUGGGAAUGCCGGCGACGCAGAGCAGCACAGCAGCGAUGAUCGCAGCAGUGAGGCGUCUACCAGCAGCAGUAGUCUGCCGAAUGUCAAUGCCAGUACCAUUAGCACCAUAGAUGGCGAGGAUUAUGGCGCCGAGCAGCCGGAUCCGCUUGUACAUAGACCGCGGAAUUCCACGCCGCGCAAUUCAGCCAACAAACUUCAUGUUGUGCCCGCCCCGCAAACAAUGCCGGUGCUUAGUCAGGCCAUAUUAUCCAAUAAGGAUUUCCAGGAUAAGUUUGUGAACAACAUAAAUUUAGCUUUAACCUCAUAUGUUGCACCCGACACCGUUGAUCCCGAGACGCUGCUGAAUGGUUUAGUAAAGAACGUCAUGCAGGCAACCGAGAACGAUCCCUCUUUUGACAGAGUACUGCAGGAGGUCGUGGGCGGGGAGUCGUCCAAGACAACAAUUGAUGACCCAUCAGAGCCCAGUCCGUCAACCGACUUAGCCGCUGCAGUGGUGCCGGAAAAAGAGCCAACGCCGCCACAAACUCCACUCAUCAUACGCACGGCAAUGGCCUCAGCAGUUGCGGAUACUGCAGAUCUCAAUGUUGGCACACUGGUGGAUCCAAAUUUUUCCAUAUCGAAACUGAUUGUAUUGAACUCGAAUGAGAGCGCGCAGAAGCAACAGGCAGCCAGCACGGACUCGACGAACAUCAGUCUAAGCAGCGAGCAGCUCAUUAAUUUUGGCGACGGCAUGCUAACGGAUGCAAACACCGGCCAGGUGUGCAUUGAUACCACCACCGGCCAAUUGACGUUUCCCAUGUAUUUAUCAAACGAUGGUCUGCUCUCCCAAUUCCCGUUCUUCAUCAACAAUGAGUGGCUGGCACAGCAGCUGCGCGGCGAUGUUUUUGCCAAUGGCUGUGUCUCCCACGUCGAGAUUCCACUGCCAGAACCCAUCACAAUGACGGCUGAUCAGCUGCCACCGAACUCCAUUAUCAUCAACAGCGCUCAGAAACAGCCGCCACCGCCGCCGCUGUCGCUAUCAAUGGACGCGCAAUCCACAGUCAACGCUCCAGCGUCAGUGCCACCUGUCGUCCUGCUUGCUGCGGCAGCGGAGGAGCAGCCAACGAUCAACAAUGGCCAACAACUACGCACGACGAACAAAACAACGGAAGACAAUUCAUUGAUCGCCCCUGUAGGCGAACUGUGCAGUGCAGUGCCCGCCUCUUUGGACUCCUCGCGCAUACAAAUCGAACGCAUCACACCCUCCACAUCAGGCAUUAACAAUUUGAAGGCCUUUCGCAGCCUCUCCACGCCACGCAGACGUACCUCCCAUGUGCGUACGCUCGACUUCUCCCCGAAGGCGAAUGGGAAUGGCGAAACAACUACGCCGUUGUCCACACGUCGCGAUCAGCAGCAAAAGCGUUCCAAGGAAAGGGAAAAGUUGAGUCUUGUAAAUGGAAAAGAAUCGUCUAGCCAGCAAAAGCUAGAAAAGCCGAUCAUAAGCAAUGUGGAGGUAUUGUCUGGCUUUGCCGCAACAUCCAGCGGCGAUGUAAGCGCCAAUGAGAGCAACGGCUGUGUGCCACCGCUCUUUGCCAUGGAGGAGAGCAGCAAUCAGACGGUUAUAAAGGCAGUCAUUGGCAACAAGACGCAGACGACGGCAACAAAGGGAACAAAGGGAACUACAACCACCAUGCCACAAACGCCGAAACGAAAACAGAAGCGACAGGCCGCUGUCAAGGCCUGCAAGCGCAUUAUUUCCCAAUCGACAACGGAGGACGAUGCCGGAACCCACCAAGACCCCAAGGUGGAGCCAAAAGCCAUAAAGUCUACAACGAAAAGGGAUAAGAGCAAAGAGAAGCCAAUGGCUAAUGAGAAUCAAGCACACGAUGAUAGCGCAGAGGCCUCCAAAGAGAAUCAGGGAACAGUAAAAGCCGCAUCGCGUAACAACGAAGAUCUAAUGGCUGCCUGGCAACGUGAGAUGCACGCCUCCAAGCACGAUCUAGAAAUGCGUCUGCGGGAAAUUAAUUCAAAGCGCUUGGAAACCGUUAAGACCGUUUCACGUUCACGCAAGUCGCGUCAGACAAAUAUGAAUAGCAAGAAGGCGAAGCUCUCCACAUCUUUGCGCAGAAAACAAAAGCUGGCCAAAGCAUUUGUGAAUAGCAUGCUAGAGGAUGACGAAGAUGUUGAAGAUGAGGACGAUGAUGCUGAUGAGGUGGCUGAGAAAAAGCCAGAGUCCAAGACACCACAGGAAAAGGUAAAGAAGGAGGCGCAGGACGCAAAAGUAACGCAAACAACGCUUAAAACUGUCAAAAGUCCGAGUGCAAAAAAGAGCAAAUCCAGCCCACUUGUGGAGAAGAAAAAGAAGUCCAAAACCGCUGCCGCUGCUGGUGAGUUCAACAUUAAAAUAACGACACCACAAAAGGUGUGCAAGAUAUUGCCAAGGCCAGCACCAGGCGCCACAACCACCACCACAACUAUCACUGAGACUAUAACUGCGUCGUCUUCAUCCAAAGAAACGGCGGCAGAGCUCGUUGUGGUGGCGCAUACGGCAACUAUAACAGCCACUGAGAAGACAACUAUAAUAGCCACUGCGACGGCAACUACAACAGCCACUGAUACGGCAACUAUAAAAGCCACCGAGGCGGCAACUACAAUAGCCGACGAGGCGGCAGAGAAGCCAACCACAGCAGCAGCCACAGCACAGCCACAACCGCAACCAUCGACCAGUCGCUCCCUAAAGGAUUUAAGUGCCGAGCAGGAGAAGCGCACCGCAAAUAUAGCUUUGCUGCUGGAUACGCCCUUCAAGGAGCCGCAUUUGUUGGGCGCCCAUGUGCCACCGACGCCGGGCGCCACACACAUGUUACUAACAAUGGAUACACCCUACGCCAAAUUCAUGCCCUCCACUUCAUUUCUAUUUGGCUCGGAUACGAAGAGCAUCAUCGAUACGCCCCUCUCAAGUGUUAUAACGCCGGGCAUCCGUGGUACACCCUUUGGGUUAUUGCAAGGCACACCCCGCAGCGCCGCCAAGACGGACUACAGCUCGGGCAGCUCCUAUUACCGGCCCGAUGAGGUGGACAACAUGGACACCAAUGCCCAAUAUGCGUUGCAGCCACCAGAGUCGGUGGUGGCAACGACGGGUCCGUCGUCGUCCUCACAUUUCGAGCAAAUCAGCGGCCGCUUCGAGCUGACGGCCGAGCGUGUGCCGGUGGAGCCGACUGUGUUGCGUCGUGUUCGCUCCUUCGGCAGCGAAGCGGUGGACAGCAUGGAGAGCGCCGCCGCCUUUGCUGCCUCCACAGAAGUGCCCAUCGAUCCGCAUUACAAAUUGGUUGCUGGUUUGCCCGAUGCAAUAGCGCAAGUGGAAGAAAGUUCCUCCUCAUCAUCGUCAUCGAGUUCCUCGUCAUCUUCAUCUUCAUCCUCCUCGAGUUCCUCAUCCUCCAGCUCCUCAUCCAAUUCGGACUCAAGCAGCAAGACGGAGAAGCCGGCAGCCGUACUCUUAGAUCCACAAAUUCUUUCGGACAUCAGUAGCGCUGAGGAUGAGGAAUGGCUUCGAGUCGGUGCACUCGAUGAGCGCCUCCACCCCACGCCCCUCUCCAUUGAUCAGCAGCCCGCGCAGCUGGUGAGUCAGGACGGCGAAGUACGCUAUCCGCUGCGCAAUUGGCUGACACCCAACAAGGAGGCGAAGGCCAGCGAUACCAGUGGCGAAUCAAUAGGUGCGCCACCAGCUGUACCUACAGUCGUACCAGCUGCCGAUCCCAUACCCGAACCCGUUCCUGUUCCUGCCAGCAUCAAAUCAGCAAAAUCUGCGAGCAUGCAACGUAAAAAUCUAGCCGAGGUACGCGAUCGGGUGAUGCACAAAGUCAAGGAGGAGAACUCGGAGGUGAAGGGCAAAAAGAAACAACUGGCGCAGCCAACCGCAGCCGCCUUGGCACGCAAAAAAAUGAGCGCAAUACGUGAGGUCGCCAAGCUGAGUAAACAGCCAACUGCAAUGAUGCCACCGGUCUCAGCUGCACCAUCAGCUCAGCCGACUUUAAUGCCCACAGCCAGUGAUGGAGCUGCUUUACUAACCGCCUUAAAUCUGGCUGCCACCAAAAAUACAGGCAAGCAGCAACUGGAUGCGAAAAAGGCCAAAGAGAAGCUCGAAAAGUGCACCAAAAUAAUGGCACAAUCAUCAACGCAAGCUCCCACCGCACGCAAAGUUGUGGAGAUUGCAGCGCAACCGGGUCCAUCUACGAAACGUCCAUCUAAAACGCAGCCGGCGCCAAAAGAUCAAGUCACCACUGUGGCACCAGCGGCUCUGCCACCAGAGCCCAUCACCGAAAGUGCUGUGGAGGGAACUAACGAGAAAGUGAAGCGCCGUGGCCGCCCGAAGAAGCUAGUGGGAGUGUGUGCCAUUAGCACGCGUCGCUCGUCGCGCAUCAUCGACAAUCAGACGCCCUUGCUAGAUGAUGCGAGACAGGCGGAGUCAAAGGCCAAUACAGUGACUUCCAAGCGAAACGACGGUGGAACGCAGCAGAGCCUUGAGCAGCAGCAGCAGGAGAUGAAAUCCUUGGACGAAGCCACAACAGCAACAACAACAGCAGCAGCAACAGCAGCAGCAACAAAAUCUAGUGCGAAAGUGACCAAAAAACCUGCCAAAAAACGCGCCGAGGCACGCAUUGAGCCUCAGCCGUCACAUUUAGUGGCGACUCCACCCCCACUCGUUGCCGUGGCGGAGGCGCAGACCACGCAGCCAUCGCCGGAGCUGACAAACGAAGCAGAAUCUGCGGUUGCUCCAGCGACCAACAGUAGCAGCAGCAGCAACAACAACAACAAUAAAAACAAUAGCGACACCAAAAACAACAGCAUUAUGAACAACAAUAGCGAUGACAACAAUAUGGAUGGUGGUGGCAGCAACGAAUACGAGCUGGGCAUGAGUCUGGCCGCCAGUCAAGAGUCCAAAAUCCUAAAUAUUGCUUAUGCCGACGAUGGACCCAAGCCAUCCAAUCCAAUGCCCCGCAUGCCACCCGCCUAUUUCAAGCAUUACCAAAUGCGCGUCAUGAUGGACAAUGAGGUCCAUACGAUGAGCAUUAUACAGGCCCAAACGCUUCACGAGGCGCAGCCGGCUAGCGCCGCCAAAAGCAUUAUACGCAAUAUACCCAAGAAGCGAAUUAUACGAUUCAGCAGCAAUAGCGCCUCACUGGAGAAGGCCUGCAAUCCCUCAGCCACUUCGACACCACUGGCCAAAACGGCGACGCAGAGCGAUGGUGACGAGGCCGAUAUGGAAGUGGCUGCCAUCAAUGCGCCUGCGAAAAAAGGUGAUGGCGUCGAGCAAGCCGGUGAAGAUGAGAUGAUGGUGGACGUCGAAAUCGAAUCUAUACUCUCACAUCUACAUGGAACGUAAAGCGUAGUCGAGUAAACUCCCCCACUCCGCCUCCCAAUCCCAGUCAACACUCACACACUCACAAAAAUAUAAUCGGGAAUCGUUUACACGUGUAACGUUUCCUAUUCGCUGUCUAUUAAAGAAGAGAAUUUUCAAUUUGCAGUCAAUAGCCAUCAUUUCAAGGUUCUCUAGCAUUUUCCUCAGAAAUUUAACAGUUCCACAUCGAACUCGACCCAUUUACUAAUAAGUAGUUUGUAUUUAGUUUUUAUUAAUUAGUAGAGAACAGGAGCUUGGUUUUAAUGCACAUUUCGACUGCCAUCAGCGCUAUCUCUUUUAUAACACGUUCGUUAUAAUCAUCUAUAAUCGAAAUAUUAGAAACAGUCGGUUUUCUUUUUCUUCCUUUUUUUUGGCAAUUCAGUUAAUCGAGUUCCACCCUGUACUAUAUACGUAUAUACUUGUAUAUACAUAUAUAUAUAUUUAUUUAGAGCCUUGUGUCUCGCAACUAUGCAAUACACUUCUGAUAUACAUACAUACUUCUCAUAUUGUACAAUUGUAAUGGUCUUGUAAAAAAGUGGAGCGUAUUGUAGGUACGU